AUGGCCGCCCAGAUCAGCCCGGCGCCAGCCGAGGAGCGCGACUAUGAGAAGCAGAUCAACCCCGAGAACCAGGUCAACGACUAUCCUGACAAGGAGAGCGACUCGGAAGACAGCGGCAUCAAGCAGGAUGGUGUCAAGGCGGUCGAGGCCGUUACCCAGAUCUGGUCCCCAGCCAUGAUGUGGGCAGUCUUUGGCUUCCUCUACAUGGUCAACUUUGUCGAUACCCUUCUCCAGGCCGUUCACGGCAGUCUUGUGCCCUAUGUCACCUCAUCCUUCAACCAGCACGGUCUCCUUGCCGUCACCAGCGUCUUUGGUUCCAUCAUCGCCGGUGUGAGCAAGCUGGCCAUCGCCAAGAUCAUUGAUAUCCGCGGCCGUAACGAGGGUUUCCUACUCAUGAUCCUCAUCAUCAUCCUCGGCAUGAUCAUGAAGGCCGUCUGCAAAAACGUCGAGACAUACGCCGCCGGCCACACCUUCUACUGGGUCGGCCACGUCGGUCUCAGCUACAUCAUCGACGUCGUCCUCUCCGACAUGACGUCGCUCCGCAACCGUAUGAUCAUGUUUGGUCUCUACAUGAGCCCCCGUCUCGCCUCGACCUUUGGAGGCCCCAAGAUCGCCGAGCUCUUCCUGAAGCACUCGACCUACCGAUGGGCCUUUGGCUCCUUCUGUAUCAUCCUGGUCUUCUUCUCCAUCCCCGUGUCCGCCAUCUUCAUGUUCCACGAGUUCAAGGCCAAGAAGAUGGGCAUUCUCCCCGAGAAGAGCGGCCGCAGCCUCUGGGAGUCUACCAAGUUCUACGUCAUCGAGUUCGACGUUGUCGGCAUGCUCCUCACCAUCGCCGGUUUCUCCCUCAUCCUGACCCCCCUGAACAUUGCCACCCGAGCCCCCAAUGGCUGGGCUAGCGACUACAUCAUCGCCAUGAUCGUCGUUGGUGUAGUCUGCCUUGCCGGCUUUGUUGCUUGGGAGAAGUGGUGCGCCAAGGUCCCGUACAUCCCCUUCAAGUUCCUCAAGAACAGGACCAUUCUGGGCGCCUGCUGUCUCAGUGCCUUCCUCAACAUGUCCAUCUUCGCCUGGGACACCUACUACAUGUCGUACCUUCAGGUCGUCCACAGCCUCAGUGUCUCCCUCGCCGGCUACACUCUCAACGCCUUCUCCGUCACCUCGACCAUCCUGGCUCCCUUCAUCGGACUUUUCCUUCGAUGGUACGGUCGAUACUACUGGCCUGCUGUCUCUGGUCUUCCCUGGUGUAUCAUUGGAACUGCCCUCCUCAUCCACUUCCGUCACCCCGGCGUUGAAGUCGGUUACCUCGUCAUGUGCCAGGUGUUCCACGGUGUUUGCGGUGGUAUCUGGGCCAUGUGUGGACCCCUCGCCAUCAUGACGCAGGUCAACCACCAGGAUAUCGCUGUCGCCCUCGCCCUCUACUCCAUGUUCGGCUCCAUUGGCCAGGCCAUCGGCUUCGGUAUCUCUGGUGCCAUCUGGACCAACGACCUCCCCAAGGAGAUGUACAAGGCCCUUCCUGAAUACGCCAAGAACGAGACCGCUGCGCUCUACGGCGACAUGGUCAAGCAGAUGGCCGACCCCGUCGGUACCCCUAUCCGCGACGCCGUCAUCCACGCCUACGGUGUUGUCCAGCGACAGAUGGUCAUCGCCGGCUGUGCUUUCCUGCCCUUCAUCGUCAUCUGCGUCCUGGUCUGGCACAACAAGCCCAUCGACCGCAAGCAGACCAAGGGUAACGUCUUCUAA